AUGGAAAAACAACCUGACGAACCAGAGGAUUUCAUGAAUGAGCCACUACCUUCGAAGAGUGAACCCAUGGAGGUUCAAGAUGCUGUAGCAUUUACUUUAGCAACGCCAUUCGCGCAGCCAAUAAUCGCUGCUUCAAAAUCGAAAGCACAAAAACAACGUGAGUACAGACAGCGUAUCGCAGCAACUCCUGCUCUGGCGGCUGCUGCAAGAAAAUCAAAAAACGAAAGACAACGCAAAAACAGAUUACGCCAAGCUAAAUUGGCUAUUGCCAGUGGUUCUCUUGAAGCGACAACUACAUCUUCAUCUCGUUCAGGGGACGAGUCGAACAAUGUCCAAACUAGAAGUCAACGACAACACGCGCAACAACAAUCUACCACCACUGCAGAUCAACCUGAUGAGCGUGUCAAUCUCACAAAUGAGCCACUCUUUCCGGCAAUUCCUGUUCCCAUGGAGGUUCAAGAAGCUGUUGCAUCUACCUCUGCGACGCCAUUUGCAGAACCAAUAACUGCUGCUCCAAAAACAAGGGCACAAAUACAACGUGAGUACAGACAGCGGAUUGCUGCAUCCAAAACUCCUGCACAGGCAGCAGCUGCAAGAGAAGCACGUAAUGUAAGAGAUCGCAACUACAGAUUACGCCAAGCUGCUAACUUGGUUAUUGCCAGUGGUUCUCUAGAAGCGACAACUACAUCCCACCACCGGGCCUACCACCGAUCCCAUCAGUGA